AUGGCUAGCAAAAGAAAAUCCACAACUCCCUGCAUGAUACCAGUAAAAACACUGGUGCUUCAGGAGACUGAACUGGACGCUGUAGAAGAUGAUCGUGAAGGAACGCAACAAGAUGCUCCUGUGGAAGGGCCAACAGCUAGUGAUGCUGCUGCCAGUAAUAGUAAUAAUGGAGCUUUGUCUAACGGGCACCGCGGAAUUGCUGAUAGUGACACUUAUAUCUGCAAGUCUUGUGACUUUGGAUCUCAAGACAUUCAUCACUUCUUUGGGCACUUGGACUCUGAGCACUUAGACUUCAGCAAAGACCCUGCGUUUGCGUGUGUUGCAUGCAACUUUCUGGCAAAUAGUCACGAAGGGCUCUCACACCACAAUACAGAAUCGCAUGCCGGUGAAACAAGCUUCAUCUGGAGGGUGGCUAAACAGGACAAUCGUACAACUGUGGAACAAAGUCUCUGUGAGGCCGCCAGCAGCCAUGACCUUCCAGGAGAGGUCCCUGAAGAAGGGGCGGAUGGCCAGUCUGAAAUUAUCAUUACCAAAACCCCCAUCAUGAAGAUAAUGAAAGGUAAACCGGAGGCCAAAAAAAUCCACACGCUGAAGGAGAAUGUGUCAGGUCAGCUGGGCGGUGAGUCGGAAGUAAAAGAUGGAGAGCACUCAUUCCCAAACGGGUCCGUGCCGGUCAGCCAGCCUACUGCAAGUUCGACAAAAUCAUCUCAUAUAGUGAACGGCUCCAUCAUAGGAAACGUACCUGUCCUGCAGGCGGGCGUUGCACAACUUGUGUCACUGCAGCAGCAACCGCCAUUGCAUCAGCAGCUACCUACGUCCAAGUCCCUUCCCAAGGUGAUGAUCCCCCUGAGCAGCAUUCCAACGUACAACGCCGCCAUGGACUCCAACAGCUUCCUCAAAAACUCUUUCCACAAGUUCCCCUACCCCACCAAAGCUGAGCUUUGCUACUUGACUGUGGUGACAAAGUACCCAGAAGAGCAGCUGAAGAUCUGGUUCACUGCCCAGAGGUUGAAGCAGGGCAUCAGCUGGUCACCGGAGGAGAUCGAAGAUGCCAGGAAGAAGAUGUUCAACACUGUUAUUCAGUCCGUGCCGCAACCCACGAUUACAGUUUUGAACACGCCGCUGGUUGCGAAUCCUGGGAGCGUCCCCCAUCUUAUUCAGGCGACUUUACCUGGCCAUGUGGUGGGGCAGCCUGAGGGAACUGGGGGUCUGCUGGUCACACAGCCCAUCAUGGCAAACGGGUUGAAGGGCACCAGCUCCUCCUUCACCUUGGCGGUGACUUCUGUCCCCAAGCCACAGCCGGCGGCGCAGCACAGCACGGUGAGCUCCAGCAAUGCAUCGGGGGUGAAGGUGGUCAACAGCGGCCAGUCGCUGCUCACCGCCUGCCCGGCCAUCUCCUCGCAGACCUUCCUGGAUCCCAACGUGUACAAAAACAAGAAGUCCCACGAGCAGCUCUCGGCCUUGAAAGGCAGCUUCUGUAGAAACCAGUUCCCUGGCCAGGCUGAAGUUGAGCGGCUGACAAAAAUCACAGGCCUUUCCACCAAGGAGAUUCGAAAAUGGUUCAGCGAUAGGCGGUACCACUACAGGAACGUGAGAGGCGGCCGGGCCGUCUUCCCUGGAGACAGCGCUCUGGAUUCCCUGCCCGAAAUAACCUUUGACGUCUCGCCCAGAGGAGCUGAGCUGAGCCCGGCAGCGGCAGCGGCCGCCCCGGCCCCUCACCACCCACCGCGGCGGCAGUCGUGGCACCAGGCGCCCGACUUCACGCCCACCAAGUACAAAGAGCGGGCGCCGGAGCAGCUGAAGGCCCUGGAGAGCAGUUUUGCCCAAAAUCCCCUUCCUGCGGAGGAAGAGGUGAACCGCCUGAGGGGGGAAACAAAGAUGACGCGGAGGGAGAUCGAUAGCUGGUUCUCGGAGAGGAGGAAGAAGAAGGUGGCAGAGGAAAAUAAGAAAGUGGAGGAGGCGGCUCGGCAGGAGGAGGAGGAGGUGGAAAAUGAUGGUGGGGAAGGGGAAGACUCCUCGGAUGAGCUGAAAGCCGCGAGUGAAAAUGGCUCAGUCGAUGCCUCCGGCAACAACCCAAACUCGGUGGAGCGGAAAGUCAGCCCCAUCAAAAUCAACCUGAAAAACCUCCGAGUGACUGAGUCCAACGGCAAAAGCGAGUUACCGGGGGCCAGCGCAAACGAGAAAGGGGACGGCAGCUCCAGCCGGCCGCCCACCCCUCCGAAAACCAAACUGAACUUUAAAAAAACGGCCCAGCAGCGGCAUCUGCUGAAGCAAAUGUUCGUGCAGACCCAGCGGCCCACGAACCAGGAGUACGAUGCCAUCGUUUCCCAGACGGGCCUGCCGCGGGCCGAGGUCAUUCGCUGGUUCGGGGACAGCCGCUACGGCUAAAAGAACGGGGGAAACAGACUGAAUUCAAACCAUCAGCCCCGGAGGAUCCGCUCUUACACUUGA